AUUCAGAUUCUAAUAUUGGGACACUGAACGGACAGCAUUUGAGCGGGAAAGACUGCCUCAACUUGUUCGAAUUCGAAAACAGGAAACGCACUGUCAUUGGCUGCCUCACACUGUCACGUAACCACAUUAACCAAUCAAAUGCCUCUGCUGAAGCUCCGCCUAAUAUCUCAGGACAGUUUAAAAAGUUGCUGUAGACCAGAACAGUCAUUCCGUUCUAGAAAGCUAGACAGAGAUCUAAGUACAAUGGCAAGAACCAAACAAACCGCUCGUAAGUCCACCGGAGGUAAAGCCCCGAGGAAGCAGCUCGCCACCAAAGCCGCCCGUAAGAGCGCUCCGGCCACCGGCGGCGUCAAGAAGCCUCACCGCUACAGGCCCGGCACCGUGGCUCUGCGAGAGAUCCGUCGCUACCAGAAGUCCACCGAGCUGCUGAUCCGCAAGCUGCCCUUCCAGCGUCUGGUGCGAGAGAUCGCUCAGGACUUCAAGACAGACCUGCGCUUCCAGAGCUCCGCCGUCAUGGCCCUGCAGGAGGCCAGCGAGGCUUAUCUGGGCGGUCUGUUCGAGGACACCAACCUGUGCGCCAUCCACGCCAAGAGAGUCACCAUCAUGCCCAAAGACAUCCAGCUGGCCCGCCGCAUCCGUGGAGAGCGCGCCUAAACACACGACUGAUUCACCGUCAACACCAAAGGCUCUUUUCAGAGCCACUCACAUUUUCACAUGAAGAACUUCAGAUGUUUCUAUAUUUUAAUAAACUAUGUUAAAGGAAAAUAGGGUAAAUGUUUACAAAGCCCGCAUUUAUUUUAUCAAAAAUACUGCAAAAGCAGUUAUAUUGUGAAAUAUCUUUACUAUUUAACCCUUUGUAUAAUGGUGU